AUGGAUAUGUCCUUACUGUUUCAGGCCAGAAAGAUUAACACAUUCUACUCCAAUGCUGGGCCUUAAUUUUACGAGACUCUAAUCGGUUAGUAAAGAUGGAGUUAUAUGGGUCAUUUCCCGUAAUUGAGGUGGGUAUUUGGCCUAUUAUGUAGAAGAACAAGAAUUCCAGUAAUGUAUUUUAUUAAAGACAAAUCACAUAAAAAUUUAGUAGAUAUUAUAAAGAGACACACUGUUCCUGGCACUGUUAUUUUUAGUGAUAGUCACUCUUCAUAUGUGAACAUGCCUAAAAGUAAAUCUAAAUUGACACAAUAUGGUUACUAUCAUUAUUGGAUUUGCCAUAUAACAAGAUAUGUGCAUGAAAAAUUUGGUUUUGUUCAUACAAGUGGCAUCGAAUUAUAAUGGAAUAACAUGAAAAAAAGUUUAAAAGGCCUCAGAUAUGCUUCAACUGAAAAAGUCAUUAAUGAGUAUGUCAAUAAUCAUACAUUCAGGACGCUUUAUCAUAAGGCUGGUCUUCAUGACAUGGUUUUGAAAGCAUUAAGACACUUUUUUGACUACUCUUAUAAUCAGAUUUUGGAACUUAGCGGUUUCGAGGAGUUUACUUGUCCGAAUCUUUGGAAACUCGACGAUUACAUCAAGCAUUUGAAAGAAGGAACUUGUAAAGAAUAAGUAAACUCACUUAUUACUGCAAAAAUGUGCAAAAAAGAUAAUAAUUAUUGGUAAAUUUAAGAAGAUCUUUUCAAUUGUGUGAAGCCAUUAAGUUUGGAUGUAAUACCGCAAGAUGUAAUGAACUAUCUAGAGAUAGAAAAUGCUCGAGGGAAAAAGUUAUGUCCAUUCGUUAGGAAUAUAUUUAUCCCAGUUUCUCAUGUUAUUGAAUAUAGAGAGUUUUGGGAGGAUACGGACAAUGACAAGAUUGGCCUUGAAAAAAAUGAGGAUGAAUAUAAGGAUUAUUGCAUAUCUUCAUUAAAGAAAGUAACAGGAGAAAGAGAUUACUAUAGGAAAUUAAAAGAAAUAAAGGAGACCUAGGUUAUUGACAUGGUUGAGGAAAAUAAAGAAAGAGAUGAUGAGCCGGGAAGUGUAAAAUUAACAUUUAUGGAAAAAUUUGUAAAUGGAAGGGCAUUAAAAAAUAAAAACUAGUUUUUAAUCAAUAAGAGCAAGCCUUUAGAUUGGGGCUAUCUGGAUGUAAAUGUAAGAAAUAAUUGA